AUGCACAUUUUAGUCUACUUUGGUGUCCCUGUCAUUGCUUUCAUUGCAAUUUAUUUCAUUGUGAAGAAACUGCAAGGCAAAGAGAGCAAGAGAUUUAUCAAGCCUGGUACAGUCCUCUUACACCAAUUCUCUCCCUCCGAUUUAGCUGUAAGUGGAUCCCCACCGUGUUUAAAGCUGGAAACUUUUCUUCGAAUGACAAAAAUACCCUACGAAAGUGAAUACGGCAUGAAGUUCUCAAAGAAAGGAAAAGUGCCCUGGAUCGAAUUCAACGGCCGAGAAAUUGCCGAUUCUAACUUCUGCAUUCGAUUUCUUAUGAAAGAGUUUCGAGUGGAUAUGGAUUCGCAUCUGAAUUUCACGGACAGAGCCAUUGGUCACAGCGUACGUAGAAUGUUGGAAGAAAACACUUAUUGGUAGGUGAACAAAAACUCGUAGUUUUGAUACUUCAGGUUUCAUAACGAAUUUCGGGCGUUUAAGUGAUGUUGAUUAUAUUUUGGACACGCUCGUUGAUUCGCAAAAGCAAAUGCUAAUACUGGGCAUUUAUGUACGACAUGUCACACAUCACGGAAAUAUGAAACAAAAGGUUAUGAGGAUAAGUUAUAUUAUCGAGAUGCUCGUAUUGCUAUUUCGAUAACUUCGUUUUGCUCAUCAAGUGGAGCUCUACACAUUUUCCCAGGUCCGAUCUGAGUUACUUUAUCGAAAUAGUGAGAUACAUUUUAUAAGCUUAAGCGCCCAUGAAUUUCGUAGGGUCAUAAAUAGAUUCAUUUACAUGACCAUAAAGUUCUUCUACAGGAUUACAAAGCCAUCCGACGUCACAAAAAGAUAAGAUUGUAACGGAUUUGAAAUAAGCAAAAAAUAAUACAAAAAUAAUAACGAGGACGGGAAGGCUUGGGAUCAAACUUGUAGAUAGUCAGUAUUGUACAUUCAGAUUCCAUCGUGGGAUGAUUUGGAUCAAGAGUAAUAUCUUAUGCCGGGGAUCAGGACAGACAAGUUACAGUUCAUUCAGCGUUUAAUUUAUUUUCUUUUCUUUAGAAAGUUUUAGGUUAGUGUCUUAUGGACGAAAAACAUGGACAACAUUUUGAGCUUUUUCUAUUACUUUUUGGGGGGGGGUGAAAUCGCCAGUACAAUUCCUUUCUCCAAAGUGAAGCUAAUUUAAGAAACAUUUUCAUAUCUUACUGAUUACAUAAUUUGUUUGUCGAAGGUGUUUUCACCUUACCGCUUUCACCGUGUUUGUUUUUUUGCAUGGGACGGUUCACCUUGUACAAUCCUGGGACCAAGCUGAAUGGGACUCAGAUCAUUUGAAUCAAAGACGCUAAAACAGAAGAAGCUUUGCUUCUUUACCCUUCCCAACAUUCCCCGCAACCCCCACACUUUACACAAAGACGUAGGAACUGGGAACAAGUCAAGCAAGGUCCACUCUCUUGAUGGACAAGGAAAAGGUUUUAAUUUGCUUUUUGUGUUUGAUUGGCAGGACUCUUGUGUAUUACCGUUGGUUGUCCGACUUCGCCCCACGGAUGAGAGAGAAGUUGUUUGGUCAACUUUUUCUGCCUCUUAAGUAUCUGGUAUUUUACAUGAUUAAGAGAAAGGUUUGGAAGGAUUUGUGGAGCCACGGUAUCGGUCGACAUACUGAGCAGGAAAUUUACGGAAUUGCUGAAAGAGAUCUGCUGGCGGUCUCUGAAAUCCUGGGCCAAAAGAAAUUUCUGUUUGGUGACAAGCCUUGUCUAGCUGACGCUGGAUUGUUUGCCUUUAUCGCUGGCUCAGCUUUGGAUUGCCCAACGAGUCCAUUUUCAAAAAUAAUCAAAACAAAAGCUACGAAUCUUGGUGAGCACGCUCAGAGAAUGAAAGAAUUGUAUUAUCCUGAUUGGAAUAGGAUCAUCUCCAAGAAAAACAAAUCUGAGUAGAGCUAAAGAUUUUUUCUGAAAAGAUGAAAACGAAGAGUUGAGAAGACCGCUAACUUUUUCCUUGACAACAUUAACAGAUAAAAAAAUGGGAUUUAAAUAAAAAAGAAAAAAGAGAGUUGUGAAAAGACCUAGCAAGUGAACCAAGAAGAAGCCGACAAGACGUAACUUGGCAGAUACGAUUUCACAUAGUUUGCAUUCCAUACUCAUUAGUCAAUUUGACGACAGCUCAAACACGAAAAUCUUGUAAACAUUAUAUCAGUAUAUUGCAGUUUAUAUCAGCAUAUGUUAAUUAAUAAAAAAUGACCUAUAACUCCA